UUCUUCUUUUUUUUUUUUUUUUUUUUUUUUUUGGCAUUGGAAAAAAUUCAAGGAAGAGAAAAUGUCAUCUUCAAAAGAUGGGAAUGAAUGUACUUCUUCGGAGGAGGGUAAUACGAGCAACAACAGCAGGGCCUCCAAUUUCUAUGACAUCUAUGGACCUCAAGCAAAAGCAGAACUUGUUUUCAAGGUGCCAGAGGCUAACAGCACUUUGAAUUUGCAAGAUGUUCAAGGACUUGUUACUUGGGUGCUUGCAGAAGGAUUUAUGCCAUCAUGGGUUUUUAUUAAGAACAAGCCUCUGAUUCCAAAAGUUGUCAUGCUUUAUGUCCCUGGCCUAGAUGCAGCCUUGUACUUAGCUCAAUCAAAGACGCUUUCUGGUUUAAAAGAAUUCUGUGGCAAUCCACAGGCACUUUUGGCUCUUAGCUGUGUAUCGGAUGGGAUGCAAACAAUAGACUCACUCCUAACUUGCAAGCUAAAGAGAAAGAGAGAUGCAGUUGAUCCGGUGGGGAAGUCAAGCCAGACACCUGAACAAGAAAGUUCUACUUCCACUAUGGAUAAACCAUCUUCUUUAAAAGAAUUAGGAGACCUGCCUUUUCCCAUUAGAUAUUACACACUCACAGAGAAAGAACUGGAAGACAAUGGAUAUUUUCUCAAUCAACCCGGUUUUCUUUCUACCCUUACCGCUCCAACAGGAUCAUUUUAUUAUGAAAUGUUGGCACUUGACUGUGAGAUGUGUAUAACAAGUGAGGGUUCUGAGCUCACAAGGGUGACCCUGGUGGAUAUUAAAGGACAGGUUGUAUUAGAUAAGUUGGUUAAACCAUCAAACACCAUCACUGAUUACAACACACGGUUUAGUGGAAUCACAUGUGAGAUGUUGAGUGGAGUGACUACAAGUCUUCAAGAGAUUCAGGAAGAUUUUCUGAAGCUGGUUUAUAAAGAGACAAUCCUAGUUGGGCAUUCAUUGGAGAAUGACUUGUUAGCUUUGAAGAUUUGUCAUGAUUUGGUUAUUGACACUGCUGUAUUGUACAAGCAUCCCCGUGGUGGAUCAUAUAAGACUGCUCUUCGGGUUCUUACCAAGAGAUUCCUUUCUAGAGAGAUACAGCAGUCAGGAACUGGACAUGACAGUAUUGAAGAUGCAAGAGCUGCUAUGGAACUGGCACUGUUAAAAAUUAGAAAUGGACCUGAUUUUGGUUCACCUCCAUCGUUUAUGCGUAGAAAGCUCCUUUCGGUUUUGGGUGAAUGUGGCAAAACCUCCUCUUUCAUUGAUGAAAUUUCCAUAGUGAAGCGAUAUUCUUCUGAGUCAUCCCAUGCAAUUCCAGUGUCCUCUGAUGAGGAAGCUCUGUCAAAGGCUAGGAAGGAGGUGAAGAAUGAUAGGGUACAAUUUGUCUGGACUCAGUUUUCAGAAUUGAAUUCCUACUUCAAGACACAAGCUGGAGAUGAAACAAAGUUUAAUGUUAAACUUGCAGAGAUGAUAUCAUUGCUUACUUGUGAUAAGAAACAUGCCAACAAGAAAGGUGUAAAACACCGAGUAUCAUCAGAGCUGAAGGAAAUUUUAGCUCGCAUUGAUGCUAGGGUUCGUAGUCUCCAUGCUGCAUUGCCAGCUAACUCCAUGCUUAUAAUUUGCACUGGACAUGGGGACAUAGCCAUUGUCCACAGAUUGAGGAAAAUGCUAACAGAGCAAAGUGAAACCAUGGUUUCUCGAAACAAGCUCGUGAAGGUCUUGGAGGAGUUACAAGCCCAAGCUGAAGUAGCCUUAUGUUUUGUCGGUGUGAAACAUUGAGAUAGACACACAUUUUUGCUUAUUGCAAUCGUUAAUGCUCAUGUAAAGUAUCAAGCUCAUACGGAUGAAUUACAAAUAUAAUGACUGUUGUUCCUUAGAUAUAGGAAAAACUCAAGACUGGUCUUGCAAACUGCAAUGUUAAAGUAUUUGGUCAAUGAUGGAUGCCCUUGAAUUCAGAU